AUGGAGGCCCACCUGUCAGAGGAGGAGGACUCUCGUCAGAAGCUGCAGCUGGAGAAGGUGACUGUUGAGGGGAAGGUCAAGAAACUGGAGGAGGACGUUGUCAUCAUGGAGGACCAGAAUAACAAACUACUCAAGGAGCGUAAACUGUUGGAGGAGAGAAUAGCAGACUCCAGCUCUAACCUGGCUGAGGAAGAGGAGAAGUCUAAGAACCUGACCAAGCUGAAGAACAAACAUGAGUCUAUGAUCUCAGACCUGGAGGUGCGUAUGAAGAAGGAAGAGAAGGGCAGGCAGGAUGUGGAGAAGGCCAAGAGGAAGCUGGAGACGGAGCUGGCUGAUCUCCAGGAGCAGCUGGCCGACCUGCAGGCCCAGCUAGCCGAGCUCAGAGCACAGCUCGCCGCCAAGGAGGAGGAGCUACUGGCCACACAGGCCAGGUUGGAAGAGGAGUCUGCUGCAUGUGUUGCUGCGGUGCGUCGUGUCAGGGAGCUGGAGGGGCUGCUAGGUGAGAUCCAGGAGGACCUGGAGUCAGAGGGGGCUGCCAGGAGGAGGGCUGAUGCAGCCUGCAGAGACCUGGGAGAGGAGCUGAACGCUCUGAGGUCUGAGCUGGAAGACACUCUGGACACCACCGCCGCACAGCAGGAGCUACGGACGAAGCGAGAGCAGGAGGUUGCCAUGUUGAAGAAGGUGAUGGAGGAGGAAGGGAGGAACCAUGAAGCUCAGGUUCAGGAGAUGAGACAGAAACACACACAGACUGUUGAGGAACUGUCUGAACAACUGGAACAGGCCAAGAGGGUGCGAGCCAGUCUGGAGAAGGCUAAGCAGGGAUUGGAGAAGGAGUCAUCUGACCUCAGCGCAGACCUCCACUCAUUGGCCAACGCCAAGCAGGAGGUGGAGCACAAGAGGAAGAAGGUCGAAGGUCAGCUGUCAGACUUGCAGUCGCGCUACAACGACAGCGAGAGACAGAGGGGGGAGCUGGGAGAACGAGUCUCUAAGUUGACCUCUGAGUUGGACAGUGUGAGCGGUCUGCUGAAUGAGGUGGAGGGGAAGAACAUUAAACUGAGUAAAGACCUGGUCAGUCUGGGAUCCCAACUACAUGACUCUCAGGAGUUGUUGUCAGAGGAGACUCGUCAGAAGCUGAACCUGUCAGGUCGUCUUCGCCAGACAGAGGAAGACAGGAACAACCUUCUGGAACAGCUGGAGGAAGAGACAGAGGCCAAGAGAGGAGUGGAGAGACAGGCCUCCAAUCUCAACAUGCAGCUGUCUGACUGUAAGAAGCAUCUGGAUGAGCAGCAGGGAACAGUGGAAGUCCUGGAGGAGGGGAAGAAACGCCUGCAGAGAGACCUGGAGGCUGCCAACUCACAGUAUGAGGAGAAGGUGUGUGCCUAUGAUAAACUGGAGAAAAACAGGAUCAGACUACAGCAGGAACUGGAGGACAUUCUGAUGGACCUGGACAACCAGAGAACCUUGGUCUCCAACCUGGAAAAGAAACAGAGGAAGUUUGACCAGAUGCUAGCAGAGGAGCGUUCCAUCUCCGGUAAGUAUGCUGAGGAGCGUGACCGAGCGGAGGCGGAGGCCAGAGAGAAGGAGACGCGGGCGCUGGCUCUGGGGAGGGCCUUGGAGGAGAUGCAGGGCUCCCUGGAGGAGCAGGAGAGAAGCAACAAGGCCCUCAGGGCAGAGAUGGAGGACCUGGUCAGCUCCAAGGACGAUGUCGGGAAGAACGUCCAUGAGUUGGAGAAGACGAAGCGAGGUCUGGAGGCGGUGCUGGAUGAGAUGCGGACCCAGAUGGAGGAGCUGGAGGACGAGCUACAGGUCGCGGAGGAUGCUAAGCUACGUCUGGAGGUCAACAUGCAGGCCAUGAAGACACAGCAUGACAGAGACCUGCAGGGACGAGACGAACAGGGGGAGGAGAGGAGGAAACAACUACUGAAACAGGUGCGUGAGCUGGAGGGUGAGCUGGAGGAGGAGAGGAGGCAGCGCGCGGGGGCGACAGCAGGGAGGAAGAAGCUGGAAGGAGAGGUGAAUGAUCUGGAGGACCAGGUGGAAGCCACCAGUAGGGGGCGUGACGAGGCCGUCAAACAGCUGCGCAAGAUACAGGCCCAGAUGAAGGAGCUCCAGAGGGAGGUGGAGGAUUCCCGUGCAUCCCAGAAGGAGGUACUGUCCUCAGCCAGGGAGUCAGAGAGGAGAGCCAAGACCCUGGAGGCCAGCUUCAUGCAGCUACAGGAGGACUUGGCUGCGGCAGAGAGGGCUCGUAAACAGGCCGAGACAGAGAGAGAUGAGAUGUCUGAGGAUCUGGCCAGCAACUCUGGAAAGUCUAUGAUGUCCGAUGAGAAGCGUCGUCUGGAGGCUAAGAUCAGCCAGCUAGAGGAAGAGCUGGAGGAGGAGCAGGCCAACAUGGAGAACCUCCACGACCGCCUCCGGAAGACACAGCAACAGGUGGAUCAGUUGAGCAGUGAGCUGCAGGCUGAGCGUAGUUCCUCCCAGAGCAGUGAGGGCGCCAGACAGCAGCUCGAGAGGCAGAACAAGGAUCUGAAGCUCAAGCUACAGGAGAUGGAGGGUCAGGGGAGGUCAAAGUUCAAAUCCUCCAUCGCCGCCCUGGAGGCCAAACUACACCAGCUGGAGGAGCAGCUGGAGCUGGAGAACAGAGAGAGACAGACCAGCGCUAAAGCAACGCGUCAGAAAGAGAAGAAACUGAAGGAUCUGACCAUCCAGAUGGAGGAAGACAGGAAACAGGCAGAGCAGUACAAGGACCAGGCGGAGAAGGCUAACGUGCGUGUGAAGCAGCUGAAGCGUCAGCUGGAGGAGGCGGAGGAGGAGUCUCAACGGGUUGCCGCGGGACGCAGGAAGUUACAGAGAGAACUGGACGAAGCCUCCGAGGCCAACGACGCCAUCAGCAGGGAGGUGUCGGCCCUAAAGAGCAAACUCAGGCGAGGAGGAGGGGAGUCAUCUUUCAGCAGCAGUCCUCGUCGCGUGGGGAGCGUUGGGAAUGUCAGCCUCAGUCGGACCGGGAGCCGGAGGAGCAGAGCUGGGGAUAAUGAAGGGAAUGGUGGGAAUUCUGAGAACACAAACAACGUUCCAGAAGAGGAGGAGCCUCUGUUCUCGUCCACCCCGCCUCCAGAGGACAUCAGCGGAACCCUGACGGAAGAGUAGAGGGAC